AGUAUAAAAAGGAGUGGACGCCCGUUCUAAGAACAUAAUCAGCAUACGGUUGUCAAACAGUCAACACCAGACUUACCCACCCAUCUCGAAAUGGCAUUCAAAUUCGCCGUCUUCGCCGCCAUCGUGGCCGUCGCUAACGCUGUCGCCAUCGGUUACCCAGCCCCGUUGGGAGCUUACCCAGCUGUGGCCAAGGUUGCCGCUCCUCUGGCUUACCCGACCAUCGCCAAGGUUGCCGCCCCGGUUGUCGCUAAGGUUGCCGAUGACUACGACCCCAACCCACAGUACAGCUACAGCUACCACAUUGCCGAUGCUCUGACCGGAGACAACAAGGAACAGCAGGAAUCCCGCUCGGGAGAUGUUGUGACUGGAUCGUACUCGCUGGUUGAGCCCGAUGGCACCCGUCGUGUCGUUGAGUACACCGCCGACCCCGUCAACGGAUUCAACGCCGUCGUCCACCGUGAGCCGCUGGCCGUCAAGGCUGUUGCCCCAGUUGCCAAGAUCGCCGCCCCGCUGGCUUACCCCGCCGUCGCCAAGGUUGCUGCCCCGUACGCUCCCUACGGAUACCCAGGAUACGGCAAGGCCAUCCUUGGUUAAAUCACAUCCGCCCAACACGAUAAUGGACUUUUCUAGAAGUGCUUCGAUCGACAACAAUCUUAGUUGACAAAUGAAGAAGUGUUUCUAGCGCAUGGACCGACCACGUACCACGGAAAUCGAUGUAUACAAACCAACCAAUAUGUAAAUAGUAGCGCAAGUGCUUGAAGCAUCGACCAACGAUCCCCUACCGCUGACGGAAAGAGGGGCUCAGAAAUGAUUGACAAUGUUUGACUGUGUUUGACUUGUAUUGUUUUCUAGUUCUAGUGUCCGUAAGAAAAUAAACCAGCAUCCAAGUUGUGAAAGUGGAGAUUAUGUAAAA